CACCCUUCUCUCUCUCUCCCUCUCCCACCCUCUCUCUCCUGGGUGGUCUCCCCCUCUCCUUCUCCCUCUCCCCCUCUCUCCCCCCUCCACUCCUGUUGCUUAGCAGCUAAUAAUAGGCCAUGUUUGCACAGUAAUUUGCCUCUUCCUCGGCCAAUGGGAGCCGCGGCGCUUUUCCAUCAAACCAGCGGCUCGGGGGCUCCCCUCUCAGACGCUAGUACAGCCGGAUCAGCGCCGGACUCAGAGCUGCUUCGGCCCUUUAAACUCUCCGCGUUAGAAAAUCAUAGUGGCGAAUGAAGACACGAGGAUCUGCGAGGAUUUGGGCACAGGAUGCGGGGAUGGAGCUUCGGCACUUCGGCUCCGGGAGACACUAGCAUCUCUGCUCCUCCGUGGAUUAUCGCUGUUUUUGCCCAGUUCGCAGCCCCUGCUCUUCUUCUUCUCCGUUUGGACCAUGGCCGCGGAUCUCGGUGUCCCAGGAGCUGGCGUUUUUGGAGAUUUACCCCCAAGUUACAGGCGCUCCCCGCCUGCCGCAGACUCGGAUUUUCUCCGGAGACCCAGUUACUGCCACGCCGCUUUCGCUUUAAAGCAGAUCUCUAAGGGGAAGGCGCAAGGCCAAAGGGCACCGCUCUGGAUCCGGGCCCGAUUCCAGGCGCUGCUUUUUUCUCUGGGCUGUCACAUCCAGCGGCACUGUGGGAAGGUGCUCUUCAUUGGACUGCUGGUUCUCGGCGCUCUGUCCGUGGGCUUGCGGGUCGCGGCCAUUGAGACGGACAUCGAGCGGCUCUGGGUGGAGGCUGGCAGCAGAGUCAGCCGUGAGCUACGCUACACCAAGGAGAAGCAAGGCGAGGAGGCAGUCUUCACCUCACAAAUACUCAUCCAGACCUCGCAAGACGCGGGCACCGACAUCCUUACCCAGGAUGCUUUGCUGCAGCACCUGCAGGCUGCUCUAGCUGCCAGUAAAGUUCAGGUGUCGCUCUAUGGAAAGUCAUGGGAUCUGAAUAAAAUUUGCUACAAGUCAGGGGUCCCCAUCAUCGAGAACGUGAUGAUCGAGAGGAUGAUUGACAAGCUGUUCCCAUGCAUGAUUGUGACUCCACUGGACUGCUUCUGGGAGGGGGGCAAACUGCAAGGAGGCUCUGCCUACUUACCGGGGAUGCCUGACAUCCAGUGGAUGAACCUUGACCCACUGAAGCUGAUGGAAGAGCUGAGCCAGUUCACCUCGCUGGAGGGUUUCAGGGAGAUGCUGGAGAAGGCCCAGGUAGGCCAUGCCUACAUGAACCGGCCUUGCCUGGACCCAGAGGACCCCGACUGUCCUCAGAGUGCCCCUAACAAGGAGCUGCGUCAGAGUCCUGACAUAGCCCAGGUGCUACAGGGUGGCUGCCAUGGUUUCUCCAAGAAGUUCAUGCACUGGCAGGAAGAGCUCACUGGUGGGAGGGCCAAGGAUUCCCACAAUGCACUUCUGAGUGCUGAAGCCCUUCAGACCAUGUACCUGCUGAUGAGUCCCAGGCAGCUCUACGAGCACUUUAAAGAUGACUAUGAGAUCCAUGACAUCAACUGGAAUGAGGAGAAAGCCACUGCCAUUUUGGAGUCCUGGCAGAGGAAGUUUGUGGAGGUAGUCCACCAGAGCAUUUCUCCAAAUUCCUCACAGAGCAUCCAUGCCUUCUCCACCACUACCCUCAACGACAUCAUGAAGUCUUUCUCGGAUGUCAGCGUGAUAAGAGUGGCGGGCGGGUAUCUGCUCAUGCUGGCAUAUGCCUGUGUGACCAUGCUACGUUGGGACUGUGCCAAGUCCCAGGGCGCGGUAGGUCUGGCAGGCGUCCUGCUGGUGGCGCUCUCUGUGGCUGCUGGCCUGGGCUUGUGCUCUCUGCUGGGCCUCUCCUUCAAUGCCGCCACCACUCAGGUGCUUCCUUUCCUGGCCUUGGGGAUCGGGGUAGAUGACAUGUUCCUGCUGGCUCAUUCCUUCACAGAAACCGGCUCCAACAUCCCUUUCAAGGAAAGAACGGGGGACUGCCUAAGGAGGACCGGGACCAGCGUGGCUCUCACCUCCAUCAACAACAUGAUUGCCUUUUUCAUGGCCGCCCUGGUUCCCAUCCCGGCUCUCCGGGCGUUCUCCCUGCAGGCAGCCAUUGUGGUGGUUUUCAACUUCGCUAUGGUGCUGCUCAUCUUCCCUGCCAUCCUGAGCUUAGAUCUUCAUCGGAGGCAAGACAAGAGGCUCGACGUGCUCUUCUGUUUCUACAGCCCCUGCUCCUCACGGGUGAUCCAGAUCCAGCCGCAUGAGUUCUCAGAUGCCAGUGAAGGCCAGCAUUUCCCGCCCUCCUCACCGUCAUACAAUGGCCCCACCAUCUCUACCAGCACCCAGAUCACCACUACUGUUCAGGCCUUCACCCAGUGCGAUGCAGCUGGUCAGCACAUCGUCACAAUCUUGCCACCCACCUCCCAGAUCUCCACCAGCCCUCCCUCUGUUCUGCUGCCUUCACCUCCUCACGAUGCCCAUGACUCACAGCUCUUCACAGCUUCCAGUUCUACACGGGAUCUCUUAGCCCAGAUGGACGACGCACAGGAAGCUCGCAAGUGCGUACCGCUGCCAUUCUUCCGCUGGAACUUGUCAGACUUUGCCCGUGAGAAGUAUGCCCCACUGCUGCUGAAGACUGAGACCAAGGCUGUGGUGGUGGUUCUUUUUGUGGCCUUGCUGGGCUUGAGCCUCUACGGAACCACCAUGGUCCACGACGGCCUGUACCUCACCGACAUUGUUCCUCGUGACACCAAGGAGUAUGACUUCAUCUCUGCGCAGUUCCACUACUUCUCCUUCUACAACAUCUACCUGGUUACCAUGGGUGGCUUCGACUACGCUCACUCCCAGCAGCGCCUGCUGCAGCUGCACAAUGCGUUCAGCUCCGUCAAACACGUGGUCAGGAGCGACCGGCAGAAGCUGCCUCGUAUGUGGCUGCACUAUUUCCAGGAUUGGCUGAGAGGACUGCAGGUCGCCUUUGAUGCUGACUGGGCUGCUGGCCGCAUCACCUCGGACAGUUACCGCAAUGGCACAGAGGAUGGCGUUCUGGCUUAUAAGCUUCUCAUCCAGACUGGAGCCAAGAAGGAGCCUUUCAACUACAGCCAGCUGACCAGCCGACGCCUGCUAGAUGAGGAGGGCUUGGUGCACCCAGACGUUUUCUACAUCUACCUGACUGUGUGGGUGAGCAAUGACCCCCUGGGUUAUGCUGCCUCCCAGGCCAACUUCUACCCCCAUCCCCGGGAAUGGAUCCACGACAAGUACGACACGACAGGCGAGAAUCUGAGGAUCCCAGCUGCAGAACCCCUGGAAUUUGCGCAGUUUCCCUUUUACCUGAACGGCCUGCGGCAGACGUCAGACUUCAUCGAGGCCAUUGAGAGCGUGCGCUCCAUCUGCGAUGAGUUCACACUCCAGGGUAUCCCCAGCUACCCCAGUGGGCACCCCUUCCUUUUUUGGGAGCAGUACAUUGGCCUACGGCACUGGUUUCUGUUGGCCAUCAGUGUGCUGCUGGCCUGCACCUUCCUGGUCUGCGCCAUUCUGCUGCUGAACCCCUGGACCGCAGGCAUCAUCGUCUUCAUCCUGGCCAUGAUGACAGUUGAGCUCUUCGGCAUUAUGGGUCUAAUUGGCAUCAAACUGAGUGCCAUCCCCGUGGUCAUCCUCAUCGCCUCUGUGGGCAUCGGCGUCGAGUUCACUGUCCAUGUGUCACUGGGCUUCCUGACCGCCAUUGGCAGUCGUGGCCUACGCUCCGCUGUCGCCCUUGAGCACAUGUUCGCCCCCGUCAUGGAUGGUGCCAUCUCCACGCUGCUGGGGGUGCUCAUGCUGGCUGGCUCUGAGUUUGACUUCAUCAUAAGGUACUUCUUUGCUGUGCUGGCCAUCCUGACCCUGUUGGGUGUUCUCAAUGGCCUUGUUCUUCUGCCCGUCCUGCUGUCACUCAUGGGACCACCUGCCGAGGUCACCCCAUUUCCAGAGUCCUCGUCCCCUACGAGCCGCCCACCUCAUGGCCCGCCCCGCGGGGCCUUCUGCGAGUCCUCGGAUUCCGAGUACUACUCUGAGUACUACUCGGAGAGCAGCUGCACCUGCGAUGAGGAACAUAAGCAGUGUGCUCACGGUACCUACAUCACGCCAACGGCUCCGGCGCCCCCCUCCCACAUCCUGCUGGAGGCCAGCAGGAACCCCAGCUUUCCCAAACUCACGGUAGUGAAACCAUUUAGCCAAAGGUCAAAUUCUACCACCCAGAAGAGUCUAAAUGGGCCGGCUCCACCCACCAUCAUGUCAGUCAGCUCCCAGAUCGCCAGACAGGAGAGCAAACAGCAGCACCAGCAGGAUACAUCCCCCAGGGGGCAGCAUUUACUCAACAACAGGGUGCCACUUUCGGGGAGGACUCAGUGCUGUGGGCCACAAGCAGAGCAGUUACCUAACAGGACUAUGACGCCUGUCUGCCUUGCUGGAUGGCCUCAGGCUCCCAGGAACACUGUAACCAUGGUGACAGCCACCGCAUCUGUGACGGUGUCUGUGCACCCAAAUGUGCUGGGACCCUACAGCAGCUACGUGCCCGAGGCCUUUGAAGACAGUGAGCUGCACUUAGGUGAGGGCAUCUCACAGACUUCCAAGAUGGCUGCUGAAGCCUCCCAGAUGGAAACCUUGGAGCUGCAGGACCUGGAGUGUGAAGUGAGGCACGAGCACAGGAUUGCGAAGAAGCACUAGGGGGUCUGGGCCCUUUCUCUGCAUCUCUGCAGCCGGAGGACCUGCAUGUGACCUGCGUGAGCUACACUGCCCCUGCCUGCAGGCAGUGCCUCACAGCAGGGAUGCCUUUGUGACGGCUGCCUGCCAGCUGGACUCCUCUGCUUUGGGCUGGUCAGUGUGAACCGCUCUUUGGGGAUCCCAGUGCACCUGCCUGGGACACUGCCAUGUUCUGUACAGACUAUAAAGCAGGCCAUGUGAAAACAGGAGCAUUUAUUAUGGGGAAAAAGUAUUAAAGGUUCUCAUUCUAAGAAUAUAUAA